AUGCCCAACAAUUCCAAUCAUUCUCGAAAAUACAGUGCUCAGGAUAAAUCACCGGUAAAAGAGACAAAUGAUGACGCUAUCGAUUUGGAUGACGUACUACUAAAAAUCGGUGAAUUUGGAAUAUACCAAAAAUGUUUAUUGUGGUUUGUAUGCCUGCCUGCUUGCUUGCCGUGCGGUUUCUGUGCAUUCAAUCAACUCUUCAUGACUGAUACCCCUGAUCACUGGUGUCGGGUUCCUGAACUACAAAAUAUGUCACAAAUAAAUCGUAAAAUGUUAUCUAUUCCACGUAAGCCAGAUCAGAAUACAACUUUUGAAAAAUGUUUGCGAUAUUCCGUUAACUGGACGGCGCUGUUAAAUGCAGACAAACCAAUUGAAGUGAACGAAAGUUGGCCUGUAGAACCAUGUUUCGAUGGCUAUGAAUACGAUAGAACAGAAGUUAUUUCUUCUGUUGUGAUUGAUUUCGAUUUAGUUUGCGAAUAUGAUGUAUAUCCCACACUUGGCUUAGUAGCUUUAAACGUUGGAGGACCAAUAGGUGUAUACUCUUUUGGACUUUUAAAUGAUCGUAUAGGACGUAAAAAAUCAUUUUUCGCUUGUUUAUCGACGUUACUACUUGGUAGUAUGAUGACCGCUUACGCACAUGAAUACUGGUUUUGGGUUUUGGCAAGGGUUAUUGUUGGUUUGACUAUUCCGGCUGUGUACCAAAUACCUUUUAUCAUUUCAUUAGAGUUAGCGGGACCAAAUUACAGGUCCUUUGUGACGGUCAUGACCUGCAUAUUUUACACUCUGGGCCUAAUUUUACUAUCAAUUGUAACAUACAUGUUGCGAGAUUGGAGAUCGCUUGCAUUAGCCACAUCAGUACCUUUCUUCUUUUACUAUCUUUAUUGGUUUGUAUUGCCAGAAUCGCCAAGAUGGUUGUUAAUGAGAGAAAGAUUGGAGGAGGCCAAUAAUAUUUUAAAAAAUAUUGCUAGGAUUAAUGGCAAGGAACUCCCAGAAGAAUAUACAAGAAAACUCCAAAAACAAGUUUUGAGACAAAAGGAACAGGGAGUAAAAGAGACGAAGUCUGUUAGUGUCUUUGCUUUGUGCAGAACUCCAAACAUGAGGCUCAAAACAUUCUUAAUUACAUUAAACUGGUGUGCGUCAGAGAUGGUGUAUGUAGGCUUAAGUUACUAUGGACCAGCCAUCGGGAGUAAUCAGUACAUGAGCUUUUUCCUGUCAUCAGCCGUAGAAAUCCCCAGCUACAUUGUAUGUUGGUUUUUAAUGGACCGAGUUGGACGCCGUUGGCCACUGUGUUUGUCGAUGGUUAUAAGUGGGAUCUUUUGCAUCGUCACUGUCCUUUUGCCAGCAGACGCAGAAACAGAAACGUUAAUUUUAUAUCUGAUAUCCAAAUGUUUUAUAUCGGCAUCAUUUUUGAUAAUUUACCCUUACGCGGGUGAAUUAUAUCCAACGGAACUUCGAGGAAUAGGUAUUGGAACUUCGGCGUACAUCGGUGGACUUGGAUUAAUUAUUAUACCAUUUAUUAAUUAUUUGGGUACCAGUAAUCUCGUGCUGCCAUUGGUACUUAUGGGGGCAGUGUCGGUUCUUGGUGGUGUCACAGCUCUUCGUUUACCAGAAACGCUACAUUGCCCCCUACCACAAACAGCCGAAGAAGGGGAAGAGUUCGGCAAGGAUUGGACGUAUAAAGACUGUUUCGCUUGUGGUGGCCCGAGGACAAUGAUUUCGGAGGCCGAUUCCUAUGAAAAUUUGGAUCAACUUGAAUUGACGCAAGCGCCAUCGGUUGAAGACAUACUGCCAGAUAUGCAACCUAUACGUCGGAACUCUAUGCGAAAAUUGGUUCGCCAAGCUAGUAUAUUAGAAACCCAACGCGACACAGAUGGGAGUCUAAAAAUGACCUAUUGGUUC